AUAUCUUUUUUGAAGCUAAUGGACUUCGGGCAACACUGAUUGAAUCAGUCAAAAAUGUGUACAGAGCCUCUCAAACUUUUGCGAUUAAUGCGUUACCCAGUUUAAUCGAUAUGCCGAUUACUCCGAAUUAUCACCAGUUCUGAUUACAAACAGCUGUUUGUUGCGUGGAUAAUUGAUUUUUUUUCGUUGACAAAACUUUAUACACGAUUGUAUAGCUCAGAAAGAAAGUACUAUAUAUUUUCCUCAUUUUCUCGUUGACGAAACAUUUCGAGAAGUGACGAAAAAGAUCAAGAGUAGUCGGUACUUUUAACCAACGUCAGCAAAAACACGGUGCCAUUCCGGACGUGAGCGUGUCCCGAAUCGAACGCUGCAAUUUAUUUAUAGCGGUUUCUUCACAAAAUGUGGUCUAAUAACAAUCACAAGUCGCCGCUUAUGUUGUUGGUUGUGUGUUUGCUGUUGACCUGUUUUUAUCCCAGCAGCGUACUGGGAAACCUCAAGGUCAUCUAUGCGGUGAAUGCUGGCGGCCAGGAACAUACUGACAAACAUGGCAUACAUUAUAGUGCUGAUCCAUUACAUGGACGCAUUGGUACGGCAUCUGAUUAUGGUAAUCAUUUACUAUUGAUAGGACGCGUGGCGGAACAAGACGAGGUACUCUAUCGCACGGAGCGCUAUCACACGGCAACCUUCGGUUAUACAUUACCGAUAGACGGCGAUGGCGAGUAUGCGCUGAUAAUGAAGUUUUGCGAGGUCUAUUUUAAUGAGCCGAAUAAAAAGGUAUUCGACGUGAUUUUAAACAACAAGCAUGCAGUUGUAAAGGAGCUUGAUAUUUUUCAUCAAGUCGGCCGUGGGACUGCUCACGAAGAAUACGUUCAUUUUAGGGUAUCCAACGAUCGCCUCUUCUACAAAGAUGAACAGUCCGAUAUCCGCAAUGGUGUCGUUCGUUUAGAUUUUAUUAAGGGCCCUUACGAUAAUCCUAAAAUUAAUGCCUUUGCCCUGCUCAAAGGUGACGUGGCGAAUAUACCACGCUUGCCGCCAACAUCCGAUGAUAUUCUCCCAAUGGAUGCCGACAUGGCAGUUUUCAAUGAUCGCAUCUCUGCUGAUAGUGGUAGCAGCGAAGGAGCUGCUGAACAAACACAAGAGCAUCAACAGCGAAUUAGAAAUGCUGCUUCCUCGCCGGUGAAUGAUGCCACGCUGGACGAAGACGAAGAGAAGGAUAUCGAAGUUGAAUCCGUGCCAUCAACGCGGAAAGUUAGUGGUCCGAGACAACCGAAUCCUUAUUCCAUGGAUGAUUCAUCAGUUAUGCUGCCGGUUUUCAUAGCGAUUGGAGCAUUCAUACCUUUGCUUUUCUGCCUCUGCACGUUGUGAUGGGUUCGACUUACAACAACAUAGAAAAGAAGAUUAGGAGCUAUUCCAUUGGGGUUCGGAAGUGAUCUAGAAAAAACGAAAGUGUACAAGAUAAAGCGGUAUUGUGAUCUUUGCAACUUCAGUCCGGUAUCCGGAUAUAAAGAAGGGUGGUAUAUAUUUAUCAACGAAAAUUACUUCAUGUCGAAGCGCUAUUUACAUAAAUGCCUAUCGCUGCCUGAAAGUUUUCCUUGUUUGCUCCCUACUUACUACUGUACUACUCGAUCUCCUUCGUGUCGUUUUUAUUUAUUGUCAAUAUUUGAUUAUGCUAUUAACACUGAGAAGGUGCGCACUGGUAGCUAAAUUAAGCAUUUAUAUCUGUUUAAACUCAUAAGGCACAAUACAUACUAACUGCAAACGCUUGUA